AUCAUCAAGAAAAUGCCGCAAGUGAAGAUUAUAGCCAAGAACUUCAUGGACAUGGUGGCCUCCUUGCCUGCCAUGAAGCUCGACAAGCUUUACGACAAUGCUUUCAUUUGCGAAGCCAUUCUCAGAUCUUUGCCACCGUUGGCCAAGAAGUACGUCUUGCAGAUGCUGUACAUUGAUGAACCAGUAUUAGCAACGUCGAUACAUGAGUGGGUGCUUGCAGAUGGAGAAUCUAAACAUACUGUUGCUGUUGAUAGAUUGGUCCAGUUGAGAGUAUUUAUUGAAACUGUUGACAGGAAAAAGGGGACCACUUAUAGAUUAAACACAAAGUUUCAGAUUAACCUUCAGAAGCAUAUAGUACAUGGUGGAGUUUUACCAAGGGAACCAAUGCCUUCUACUAUCACAGUGAGGCUUCCAAGCUUGGAGGAUCUAGAAGCCUAUGCUGCUGAACAAUGGGAGUGUUUCUUGCUGCACCUUAUCAGCUCCGGCCAAACGGAAAGGACAACAAACUUCAGCUCUUCAAUGAUGAAAAUAUUCCAACGAGGCCUUCUGAGUCAGAGAGACAAAGAAGCUCCAAAGCUAACUGAAAGUGGUUUCCAAUUUUUGCUGAUGGAUACAAAUGCACAACUCUGGUACAUCAUCAGGGAAUAUAUCACAAAUUCUGAGGAGCGAGGUGUGGAUACAGCAGAUUUGAUUUCAUUUCUGCUGGAGCUUAGUUUUCACGUCACGGGUGAGGCAUAUAAUAUGAACACAUUGACUGAUAUUCAGAGAAAUGUGAUAAAAGACCUUGCCGACCUGGGAUUGGUCAAGCUUCAGCAGGGUAGGAAAGAGAGUUGGUUUAUUCCUACUAAGUUAGCUACCAAUCUGUCAAUUAGCUUAUCAGAUUUAUCAUCACGGAAGCAGGGUUUUGUUGUUGUGGAAACUAACUUUAGGGUGUAUGCAUACUCUUCAUCCAAAUUACUUUGCGAGAUCUUGCGGCUCUUCUCAAGGGUAGAAUAUCAACUUCCAAAUCUUAUUGUUGCUGCCAUCACAAAAGAAAGCCUGUAUAAUGCUUUUGAAAAUGGCAUUAUGGCAGAGCAGAUAAUUACUUUUCUUCAGCAGAAUGCCCAUCCUAGAGUUGCAGAGAGAAUACCCUCGGUACCAGAAAAUGUCACGGAUCAGAUUAGGUUGUGGGAAUCAGAUAUGAAUAGGGUUGAGAUGACACCUGCUAGUCUUUUUGAUGAGUUCCCUUCUCGGGACGUUUUUGAGGCCGCUUGUGACUUUGCACGAGAAUAUGGAGGUGUAUUGUGGGAAGACUCGAAGAAGAUGCGCUUGGUGGUGAAGGCAGAAAUACUUGGGCAAAUACGAGAAUUUUUGCGUCGGUAGAAGCAAUAGAUGUGUGGAAUCUGCAGAAGGGGGAGUUGGAUGCUUGAAAAGGGCAUUCCUUUUUCUUUUGGAUGUAAAUUUGCUAGAAAUUAAUGGAAUCAUAUGGAGAGGAAAAGAAAGUAAUAGAGAUGUAAGUUACACAAAUUUACAGAACAUGCACGAUUGGUGAUUGGACGGACUACUUCGCAACCAGCAAUCAUGUAGUGCCAUGUUCGCAUGUAUAAAUUUUUGUAUGCAUUGUUUUGUUA